AUGGACGGCUACGUUCGGCGUGAAUGGGCUCCCCUGGAGCUGCUCGACGACGAGCCUGUCGGAGAAUGCAGCGACGCCGAGGUGGACGAGGAGGAGCUGAACGACUUCCUAAUGGGAGACGCGCUUUCGGGCGCGGAACCCAGACAGAAGCGUCGGCAAUCCUUCGCCGACAGGUACCUGCGCAAGCUGAUGCGGAAGAAGCAGCGAGCUGGCAAACGCAUGGUUCCGAAGACUAUCGCAAUACAGAGAAAGAGACGGAGGCGAAGGACGGCAGCACAUGCCUCCAAACUGUCGCCGCAACUGGAGAAACUCAUGCAGGAUGCGACGACACAGUACCUCUGCGGCAACUUCGACGAGGCAGUCAAGCUGCUCAAGGAGCUAGUCAGGCGCGCGCCGGGGCUCCACGACCCGUUCCACAUGCUGGGUCUGAUAUACCAGGAGGAAUACAAAGAUCCAGUGACCGCCACGGGGUACUACCUGCUGGCGGCACACCUCGUGCAGACGGACCUCGAACUCUGGCGCCGCAUCGGCGAAAUGUCGCAGCAAAUCGGAAACAUCGAUCAGGCCAUAUACUGCUUCAAGAAGUGCCUCAAAACAAGCGAGGGAGAGCUGAACGAGGAGGCAAAUUUCUCCCUGGCCAUGUGCUACCUGGAAAAGAACGACCAUCAAAACGCGAUAAAACGGCUGCUAGUACUGUUCCAAAUACAUCCUGAUGAUGCGCUGCUGUUAAACGAGCUCACGAAGUCGCUCAUGGCUGUGGGAGACAAGGAAACGCUGCUGGGGGUGCUGAUGACAUUUUACGGCACCACUGCGAACAUUGACGUGGCAACGAGCGCGUGCCAGCUGCAGAUUAACCUGAAGAUGUAUGCGGAAUGCGUCGAAUUCAUUACUACGGCAAUGGAGGCGUUGGAAAUGGACAUUCUUAACGCACCGAUGGACAUGCUGGUGUCGUACGCCAUCGCGGCCGUGCACUGCGACAACUUCCCCCUAAAGGAGUUGAACGCGAUAUGGACAGCGGAGGGCGUAUCCGCACAUCGAUAUUACGCAGUGGCACAUGCCCUUUCGAAUAAGUGCCAAGAAACGGCCCUCAGGUGGUUCAAGAAGGGGUACAACGCCGAUGACCCGGAGACCGUCAACGCCAUGCUGCCUGAGCAUGCGAUACAGAUGGCGAGGGCGCUGGUGAUGGUGGACAAGGACCAUGAUACUGCCGUGCGAAUUUUGCAGACGAUACUGGCGCGCGAACCCACAAACUCGCAGGUUAUCAUACUGCUGGCUGACAUCUUAGGGGACGCCGGGAAACACUCCAAGGCCGACGAGCUGCUCGCGAGACUGACGACUACCGACCUGGAUAGACUUAAAAUGAUACAAAAGCCUAUCGACGCGGAGGAACGCAUAUCUGAGAUCACCUACCUCACGAAAGCUGCACAAACGCUCGUGCCGGAGUGUUUUACUCUCGUCCCGCUCAGACCGCUUCCGUGUUUGUUGUGGGCCAAUGACGGGAUGCGACAGUCCCCUGGGUUUGCGGCUAUCUUGGAGGAAGUCCACUGCUGGAUCGAUCGCUUCGUAAGAGUAGUCAGCGACUGCGAGCUAGACACGGAGCGCACGUACCAAAAGUUAAGCAAGGACAGGAUGGUCAAAUCGUACGCCGAAGAAGCCGGUGGCCUGGAUUAUGUGGACACGCGCAAGGAAGUCGGGAAAAACUACUCGUUCCUCAAGACCAAAAAGGACCUUGGGCUGCAGUCGGUGGAGGACAUCCUAGGAUGGCGCGGGUACGAGGAUCUGCUGAUGAGUGCAUCCUCGCUCAUGGCAACAGCGGGACGUGCCCGAGAGGGGGAAAAGAUACAAAUCGAACGCGGACAUCACGGAGCGAAAACAGCUCCUGACGACCGUGGAGGAGCUCUCAUACCGUACGUGUAUACGCAGCUACGACAACAUCCUGCAGAUCUCAGCUGUUUCGGCGGAAUCUACAAGGUCGCGCUGGUACACGCGCGAGGCGAGCUUGCCAAAAAGGGCAGCCUCAGGAGAUACGGCAUGCUGCUGGCCACCGGCGACCUUGCCAAGGCUGCACUGGAGCCGCUGUCAUCGUCGUCCGAAAAGGAUUCGCUGCUAGAAAACAGGUCCUGGAUUGCCAGACAGCUGUUGCAAAAACCGGCCAACUACGAGCUGCUCAUGUUGGCGGGGCACUACUGCACCAUGUCGGGCAAGUGGCUCUUCGCCAUCGAGGAGUACAAAAGGGCGCUGAUACAGAAGCCGAAGGACUCCCUCGCAGCGCUGUGUCUCGCCACCUGCUACUUCAACUCGCUCGGGAGCAAAACCAUGGAGUGCAUCCGUACCAUUAGGGAUGCUGAGGAGACGUUCGCAGGCGUCGAAAGUGACGUCAUGAUCGAGUGCCCGUGCGUCAUAUGCUACAUGAGCCGCAAAAGCAACCAAGGCUUCCCGCACACAACGAGCGAAAUGUCUGGUGUAAACUUCGUCUGGAAUCACGAAAGGAAGCAGAUUCUGCGGCGACAGGCGAGGGCGCUGCGCUCCCGCGCCCUGGUAGCCCAGGCCGAGGAGGCCCACUACGUCGUCAGCAACCCGAAAACGGCCGCAGAAUGGCCUCCGAGGCACGACCAUGGCGAUCCUCUGACUCUGGAGAAGUGCAGGAAAAUCAUGUACGACCUCAAUGCACUGGAGAUGCACCGAAUGAAAAAUGCACGCAAAUUCAACGUGCCAUCUAUAAACCUGGGUGAUCUCGUAGAAGUCAAAUAUGAGCUAUCGCGAACGCAGCAGACCUUCGCAACCUUCCAAGGGUACUGCGUUGACAUCAGACGACGGGGUCUGAACUCAUCAUUCACCCUGAAAAACGCUUUCGACGGAGUGGGAGUCACCCAAAUGGUGCCUUACUACUCUCCUCGACUUAUGAACGUCAAGGUAGCCCACACAACAGAUGAGCCUAUAUUGCGAAGGUCAUGA